GCCGGAAGUCCCUCGACGUCUUGGGAGUGGCGCGGUGUUGACAGUAGCGCUUGGGGACCUCGGCAGCGCGUCGUGGGGGGCUCGGCCCGGAGGCUCGUCUCGGAGCGCUGUGGCGUCCCUGAAGCCCGCAGCACUGGGAUGGGCAGACGACAGGAACGGGAAAGGUGCCCAUGGCGUCGGAGAGGCGCAAGGUCAAGUACCACUGGGGCAGCACGUCGGAAGGGUGUCCCAGCAAGCGCAGCCGCCCCCGGGAGCCCGGCAAUGUGGCCCCCUCCAGCCGGCCAGGUCGCAGGUGUACGACGUCGCGUUCUCUAGGGGCCAGCAGCCCCCAGCGUCCAAAAGCCCGGCGGGGGGACGAUGUGGCCCGCACCUCUUGGAGCUCAGGCCGCCGCCGUACCUCCUCUUCCUCUUCGUCGUCUUCUCUCUCUUCUGGCUCAGGUGCGGGCGGGGCCGGCUCCCCUGGCUUCCUGAUUCCGAACCCUCGCAAGUUUUUUACGUCCAAGGGGUCCCCCCUGCGCCCCGCCCAUUCCUCCCUAGAAGAAAUGGCUUCUCUCCGGAAGGAGGCUUGCAGCAUUAAGGUUGAUUCUAAGGAUAAUUCUUGUCACUCUACGAACUCUGAAUUUGCAACUGAAGCUGAGGGUAAGAAUGAUGCUAUGGAGGAACCCAACACGUUUCAGAAAAGGAAGAGGGACAGGCUUCGAGACCAGGGCUCAACAGUGAUCUACCUGAAGGCCAUCCAGAGUAUCCUGGGGAAGUCGAUGCCCAAGAGGAAGGGAGAGGCUACCACCACUCAGGGGAAGGCAAAUCUGGGAGAAUAUCCCAUCCAGGAAGGACCAAUCAGGAAGGUGGAAGGACCAGCUAGGAGCAGGGAAGGACCCUUGGUCAAGAGUGGGGAAGGGUUGGCGAGGAGCAUUGAAGGACCAGCCAGGAGCGAGGAAGGGCCGGCCAGAAGUGUGGACCGACCAGCCAGGAGCCGGGAAGAACUGGUGAAAAGUGUUGAAGGACCAGCUGGAAAGGUUACAGUCACUGUACCUCAAAAAGAGGAGUCACAUAUAAAGGUCAGAGUGGAGAAAGAGCAGUCUAUACUGGACAGGAGCAGCUUCUGUGACAGAAGAGUGAUUAUAGAUUCUGUGAAGAAAACUAAUGAGGAGCUGCUUGGUGACCGAAGGACAGUCAUUGACAAACCCUCUCCAGCCCUAGAAUUUUUUGAUAACUCUGACUCUCAUGAAGAUAUUCAAAAGCACACAGACAGAGAGGUGGUUAUUGAGCAUUCCUCUUCAGGGAGUGACUGGUCGGAUGUGGAUGAGCUGGCCACUGUGAAGUUCUCCCAAGAGGAACCUGUCUCACUGAAAUACUCAACAGUUCCAGAAUCUUCUUCCUUCCCCACUGACUAUGUUAUGUACCCUCCUCAUUUGUAUAGUAGCCCAUGGUGUGACUAUGCCAGCUACUGGACUAGCAGCCAUAAGCCCCCUGGUUAUCCAUUGGUGGAAUCCAGCAGCCAUGACUCAGCACAGGCUGGGAAGAGCAGCCAGGAUCUUCUGAGUGUUCACUCCUCUAAGUCCACAGUGAGCACCCAGAGCAUCUCCAAAGGCCUGGACAUUGCCCAGGAAGGUAGGUCCCAGAAUUCCCACUCUCUCCAGUUCUCCAGAAGCACAGAGGAGAAGGAAGAGGUGAAGGGGAAAAGGACAUUCCGAGAGGAGACACCACCUCGCCACACCAGAGAACACAAAUCCGGCUCUUUGCCAAGGAGCCACCGGGAGCUGAGCCUGGAGGAGGGCUUCAUUGAUACUCACUGUCACCUGGACAUGCUCUACUCCAAGCUUUCUUUCAAGGGAACCUUUACAAAGUUCAGAAAGAUUUAUAGUAGCUCCUUCCCUAAGGAAUUUCAGGGCUGCAUCUCUGACUUCUGUGAUCCAAGGACACUGACGGAUGGCCUUUGGGAGGAACUCCUGAAAGAAGAUCUGGUUUGGGGAGCCUUUGGCUGUCACCCUCAUUUUGCACGCUACUAUAAUGAGAGUCAAGAAAGGAAGCUUUUGCAUGCCUUACGGCACCCCAAGGCUGUAGCAUUUGGGGAGAUGGGCCUGGACUACUCUCACAAGUGCACCACACCAGUUCCCGAGCAGCACCAGGUGUUUGAGAGGCAGCUGCAGCUGGCUGUGUCUCUGAAGAAGCCCUUGGUCAUUCACUGCCGUGAAGCUGAUGAAGAUCUGUUGGACAUCAUGAAAAAAUUUGUGCCCUCUGACUACAAGAUCCAUAGGCACUGCUUCACUGGCAGCUACUCAGUCAUUGAGCCGUUGUUGAAGUACUUCCCUAACAUGUCGGUGGGCUUCACAGCAGUGCUGACCUACUCCUCUGCCUGGGAGGCCCGGGAUGCCCUUAGACAGAUCCCAUUGGAGAGGAUCAUUGUGGAAACAGAUGCACCCUACUUCCUUCCUCGCCAGGUGCCGAGAAGUCUUUGUCAGUACGCCCAUCCAGGCCUGGCCUUGCACACAGUUCGAGAGAUUGCCAGGGUCAAAGAAGAGUCACUUUCCCGAACUCUGUCGGUCCUCAGAGAGAACACCAGUCGCCUCUACAGUCUUUGAGCAGGGAGCAUGAGCAGGCAUCUUCUCACAAAGGAUGACCAGUGGCCUGAUAGUAUAGGACAGGUUCCAUCUGCCUGUGUCCAGGGUGAAGGAUGUGUUGGAGAUCCUGUAAAACUCAGCAAACCAGGAUGGGAUGUUGCCUUGGAACCUCAUCACAAGACUCACCUGCUAGUUGCUGGGUGGGUGGGUGCUGUGGAAUGGAUUUGGGGUGAGGGGUAGUUUUGCUUGCUGGCUACAAGGACCCAGGGUAGUGAGUGAACAAAACCAUUUGUGACACAGAGUGCAGUGAGAUGGCCAGUUCUGGAUCCCUGGUCCUUGACCUGGGCUUCCCUGCAGUCUAAAUAAAGUCACCUCUUUAUCUGAGCACAUGUGGAUAUGUAAUCUGGUCCCUGCUUCUCUAUCAUGAAAGGAGUUUCCUGAGGGAGGUCUGGGCAUUCUCUGCAGCCUUCGCUCAGGUGACACCUUACAUUUCUUUUCUGUGGUUGCCACUGGUUCUGUGUCUCCAAGGUGCCUAUCUUUGUUAUCCCACGGAUAUGUUGUGGUGUGCCCUAUGAGGACUAAAGAAAGAGGCCUUCUUAGAGUAGAUGAACCCAACAGUAGGAAGUCUGCCCCUA